CACUGGCACCGUCUGCCACACCGCUACCAGUACACUAUCUUCUUUCCAUUCUCGUCGACUCCUUUGUCUUUCUCCCUGCCGCUUCCUGUCCACUCUUUUGUUCCUUCCUCUGACACGCCAGGCUCGUAUCCGACCUUUACAUUCCGCCUUCUCUUCUUUGUUCCCGUCUACGCAGCUACUCCCACAGCCUACCUCGACCACACUACAACCACUACCACCACAACUACUUCAACACCUAAACAAGCAGCAGCUAUGUUUCGUACGUUCCGCAAAAAGCCCAGACAGCAAGAAGACGCAGAGCCGCUCCGGACCUCUCCUUCUCUCCCCGAGCUUUCUUCACAAGGUGUCGCCUGGCCCGAAGACCUCGUCGACGUACGCGCCAUCCGCAAUCAAGCGUCCGAGAAUGACCAGCUUCAGUACCAACAACAGCAACAGGCCCAGUCGCCCACACAUGGUGCGACCAAGACUUCUUUCCAGAUCUCUCCGAGUAACCGUACGCCGAUACCCUUUCAUAAACCCUGGCCUGGCGGUGCCCCUCCUUUGACAGACCCGAAUGCUCCUGUUCCUCAAGGUCACGGUCAAGGACCAAAUGGGACAAUCUCAUCGUUGUAUAUGAAGCAACACCACCCGCCGAGCGCCUUUGAUAAUAGGAGGCAGUCCGUCCAGAGUCAUGGCAGUCGGACGAGGCAGACGCAGAGGAGGACGAAGGUCGCGCCGACCUUCAAUCUCAUGGUCGUAGGCGGCCAAGGAACCGGCAAGACCUCCCUCCUUCGUCUUCUCCUCGAUACCGCAGACAUCUCUCCCACCGCCACACAAGACCAGCGCAUCGCCGUCGACCGCUUCAUGCGCGGCGGAGCGAAGCCCACCGAGACCAUACAGGCUGCGUGCGUCGAGAUCUGCGAGUCGCGGUUCGACAGGGUGCUUUUUUCUGUGAUCGACACGCCUGGGCUGGACUUUCAGGAGGGAAGGGAGUUGGUGCUUGAGAGGCAGUUGGGGAGAGUGGUGAGGUAUCUGGACCAACAGUAUGCGGAUACGAUGAGCGAGGAAUCCAAAGUCGUUCGCCAGAGCAAGGGAGACCAACACGUUCAUCUAUGCAUAUACAUAAUCGACCCGAACACCAUCAUGUCCCCCCAAGCCCGCCGUCAACUCUCCUCCCUCCCCUCCAAAACCCGCUCCGAAGCCACGAUCUCCCGUGCCCCUCCUCCCCCCGACACACCCACCCUUCCCUCUUCUUCCUCCCACCACUCCACCUCCGACCCCGACGCCGAGGACGCAGAGGACAACGCCCCCGAGGCCACCCUGACGAUGUCGCCCGCCGAAAUCCGGGUGAUCAAAAGGCUGAGCGCGCGGACGAACGUGUUGCCGAUCAUAGGUCAUGCCGAUUCGUUGACGGAUGAGAAGUUGGAGAAGGUCAAGGAGACGGUGAGGAGGGAGUUGGCGAGGAGUGGAUUGGGUUUUGGGGUUUUUGGGCCGGCUAGGGUGAGGAAGGGCGAUACGAAUGCGAAUGGGGCUGCUGGAGUGAACGGAGACGAGGCCGAUGAUACGACGCCGACGCCACAGGGGAGUACGCCCGCUUCGCCUCUGGACAUUAACGGGAAGGCGAUCGCGAAUGGGAAUGGGAACGGAAAUGGCCACGGUCGAGUCUCGUUCAGCCAGAACGGGCACAUCGCCUCCGAAGACAAUAGCGACAACGAAGACGACGAGGACGAAGACGAAAAUAAUUCGCAUACUCCCUCCGCCGACGCAGGUUCACCCGAACCCGAACGUCGUUCCCGUCCCGUCAUCAAGCUCCGCACCGGGCGCGGAACCACGACCUCGCAUUCCAACAAUGCCAGUCUUCGCCGGUCGCGUUCGCGCCAGCGUGAGGCCAUUCGCGGUGAACUCGAGCCGACGACGCCGGACCCGACGGAUAUGGAGAGCGUGCCGAAUGUGAGGUUUUCGGCGCAUAUCGUGGCGAGGGCGGAUUUGGGAGAGUUGUUGCCGUUUGCGGUUAUUGCGCCGGAGGGGUGGAGGAAGAGGAAGGGGGUGUCGAAGGGAGAGAAGGGAGGGAAGAAGGGAGAGGCGGCGGAGGUUCAGGCGGAGGGCGCGGAGGGUGGUGCUAAUGCUGUCGAUGCGAAUGCGAGUGGUACGAGCACGCCAGUGAGUCCGAGUUCGCGAAGCGUGAACCUCAAGGCGACCGCGGUGCCUUUGCCGUAUUCGGGUGGACCUCCUGAGGAUUUGAAGGGCAUUUUUGUGAGGAAGUUUAGGUGGGGGAGCGUGGAUGUGCUGGAGCCUGCGCAUUGUGACUUCGCGGCGCUGAGGACGGCGGUGUUGAGCACCCAUCUGAGGAUGCUGAAGACGCAUACGAAGGAGGUGCUUUAUGAGAAGUAUAGGACGGAGAAGUUGUUGGCGAGAAGGGCAACGAGGAAUAUCGGGGAGGUGGAGGCGAGGAAGUUGUUGGAGGAUCUGGGGCUAUAGCCUUUCGGCGCUUCUGUUCCAUCACCGACUCCACCGGUCUUCUCUCUUGGGGCUUCGUCUUCGUUAAAUUUGGCCCAGUACUCCCGAUCACAAGUGCUCCAUCGUCGCCACUGCCACUGCCACACGUCUCGACGUCGACUCAACUGCGUUCUCACUUCGGGCUCUUUUUCCCUUGGAUUUAUUCUGGAUUUCGUUUGGCUCAUCUGUUUAAUUGUUUACGUAUAUGCCCCGCUUUGCUUGAUUGCUUAUUCAUUUUUUUAAACGUCUCAUCUAUCCAUCUACUAUGCCCCAACUAUACCUAUUUCUUUCCCUCGAUCGUUUGAUUUUCCCCUAGCCUGAGGCCUACCUUCGCCCACCAAUCCACGUCUCGUCGCAGCUGCGUCGAGCUUAGAAUCCGAUCGGCGUACCCUUGAAGCUCGACAUCUUGCCGCGCUAUUCGCCUACUGACGAGACCCUGAUACCACACGCCGCACUUGGCCGCUUUCUUCUCAUUCACCCGUUGUUCACUGUCCAGACGCAUCCAUCCUCGCCGCUUCCCUUCACCGUGUACCAAUUAUCCUUCUCACGCGCGUGUGUCGUCUGCGGGCCAGGAUCGUGCACGGUUUGACCUUUUUUGUUAAUUCCUGUAUGCUCGUAUCCCGGGCUCGCGAUACUUUGCUUGAAUUUUAAAGUCCACUGUUCCCCUCUUCUGAAUCUCUCUUGUUUGCUCGAAUUGGUUCUCGGUUGGUUAUUGCAGACUACGUACUUAUACACUCUUUGCGGCUUCUCUGUUCUCAUUGUUUUUCAUCGAUCGGCUUGCUUCAUGUCUACUGUGUUCCUCUGAAUAUCGAGCAUCGAGUUGCGAUGAUCGCUCAGUCCUUUAUUCUCUUAUAGCGCUUAGCCACGCUCUGGAUCCGCCUUUCUUCUAUUUCAUUCGCAUUUCCAUUCAUACAUACACCUA